AUGGAAAAUUAAACAGAUUGCGAAAGGCAACCAAAGGACAUAAUAAAAAAACCUUUGAAAAUUGACACUGAAAAAAUAAUUUAAAAGUUAAAGAUUUUAAAGCAUAUGCAAUACUUACCAUAUGAAGAAAUCAUAACAAAUAGCUUUAAAAUUUCAAAACUGUUAAAAAGUUAGCAGGAAAUAGAGAAAAGAGGAAAGUAUUUAUCAAUUAGCAAUGAUUAGAGCGAAAUUUAGUAAAAUUUAAAUUAGGAAUAUAAAUACUCAAUCGAGUCUGAGAAUUUUGAGUAAAAAAAUAUCAUUUAAUAAUUAGAAAAUAAAGUUCAACAACUAGAACGUGAAACAAAAAAUUUGAGAGAAGAAACAGCUCUAAAGACUGAAGUAUUUUAAAAUGAAUUAAGUCAAAGGUUUACUGAUUCCAAAUCUAUGCCAUUUACUAGAAUUACUAUCCCUCGUUUGGUUUAAUAGUAUUUUUACGUACAAGACCAAGAUAUUUUAGUCUAAUGUGAAAAAGAUGAACCAAUACCACUUUUAAAAUUAUAUAACAUAGAAAAAAGAAUGUUGGCUAAUAACAUAUACUCGAAUUCGGUUGGGCAAUCUUUCUCUAAUUUUAGUGUCUUUGGUGAUAAACUUAUUUGGUGCACAGAAAAUAGCACAGAAAUAGAAAUAUGGACAUUCAAACAACCCCCUGAACCACUUAAAAGAAUUGGAAUCAUCCCCGCACAUACUGACACUAUCACUUAUUUAUAACUAAUAUCUAGUAAUAUCAUACUCUCAUCUUCAUAAAAAGGAAUCAUAAAAAUGUGGAAAAUUGAUAGCUAGCAAUUAAUAAAAUCUUUUCGCUUUAACUCAAAUAUAACCUAUUCUUAGGUUCUAAAAUAUAGAGUAAUAACUAAUUUAAAUCAGAAUAAUAAUAGCGAAGAAUAUUAUCAGAUUAUUGCAGGAUUUUCUGAUGGAAGCAUUAAAAUUCUUGAAUUCUCAUUAAUUUAAAAAGACUAACAGAAGAUUUUUAAAUAUGAUGUGAUUUAUGAAAUAAAUAUUAACCAGCAAAAUUUAAAAGAUGCUGGUGUUGAUUGUAUUAGUGUUGCUUAUCAUAAAGAUAAAAAAGUUAUUACUGAUAACAAAAUAUCUUUAGAUUCAAUUACAAUAGCAGCCAGUAUUACUUCAGAGCCUAAUAAUAUUUACAUCGUUGUUCCUGAAAAAAAGAAAACAUUUAAUAUUAUGGAAUUUACUAAAAAGAUUUAUAGAAAUUCUAGCAAUAAAAAGCAAUUCACAUUAACAGAAGAUUAUCUUAUAGCAGGAUCCUUUGAUGGUUAAAUUUUUGUUUGGGAAGUAAAAAAUCUACUACAUCCUUUAAGAGCUAACUCUCCAUCUAUAACUCUUAAAUUAUCUUCCCAUACUCUAUCUGCAGUACCUAUUCUCAUGGCAGUAUAUGAUCAAAGCAAAGAUAUUUUGGUAACUGGAGACGAAUAAGGAAAUGUUUUAAAGUGGGAAAACUUUAUUUAAAAUGUAGAUAAAAAGUGA